AUGUCGCCGACGGCACCUGAUGGUUUUGGAGCGAACCCGUUGGACCGUUUGAACCGUGAAGGCUCCUUGGCCAAGGCGGGAGUGGCUGCGCGCGGCGCGACACGCUGCGCGGCGCAGAUGAAUGGCAGCGGCGGCGGCGCGUGGGCGGAGCGGCCACCGCGUUACGUAAACAGCGCCGCGGCCGCCGCGCGAGUUUGUUCAGACGCCGCCGAAUGUGGCAUUCAUCCUUCACUCUGGGCCAUUUGCAUACGCGCUUUCGCCUCUUCGGCCGACACAAUACGUAUCCACCCGGAAUGCUUGCUCCCCAGGGAAGAUGACAUAGUGAAGAAGACUAAUUCACGUGAUGGUGAGCCCCACCGUCGUGUGGCCGGGACUAGGGGGCUGCCGUCCCCUGUUGUCCUCCGCCCUCCGUCCUCGCGCUGUGCUCCCUCCCGCGGCGGAAGCUUCGAGACGCGCGGCCGCGCGCGAACUUGGCUAUUGGAGGAGCUCUGUCGCGCGGGGUGCCGCGGGGGGGUCCCGGCGGGGGGCCGUGCGAGGAGGGGGCGCUCAAGGCCCCCCAGGGCGUGGUCCGGGCGUGGCCGCGGCGGCGCGCGCGGCGGAGACGCCUCGCUCGGCGCGACGUAUAAAAGCGCGCGCGGCUCGUCCCGGAGCAUCAGCUGGCGACUCCUCCGCUCCCCCGGCACUCGUGACUCCCGCAGCAGCUCGCGCUCCGCUCCACUCCAAGAAAUGGCUCUCAAGCUGGUUCUCGUCCUUUGCCUGGUGGCGGCGGCCCUGGCGGCGCCCCAAGCCGACCGCUACCCCGCCGGCCUCAACCCGGCGCUGUGCCCCAACUACCCUCACUGCGACAACAGCUUGAUCGCCGCGUACGGCCCCGCGGCGGCCGCCGCGCCCCGCGCGCGCGAGUACCCCGCUGGCGUGCCCGCCGCCGCCUGCCCCAACUACCCGUUCUGCAACGUCAACCUGCACGCGCCGCCCCUGCCCGGCUUCUCGGCGCGCCUCUACCCCGCCGGCAUAAUGGCGAAUUCUGGUUACCGACCAACUGCCCAAAGGAUAUUCUAGUUCAAAGUUUUCUUUCUCCCACUUAGACCAAUAGUGCUGAUGAGCGACACCAUCGGUAAUGCAGAGAGCAGCUUUGUCGGCGACGGCAAUGGGCGCUAUGGUAGACCGAAUGGUGGAUAUGAGGUUUUGCAGAGCUGAAAAAUACCCCUAUUUUAUCCCUAGCCCAGCAAUUAGCACAAAAGGUGAUGAAAAUGUUCAAAAAACAAUUGUUUGUAUAUGAAGUAAUAUUUUUGUACCUAUUUGAAUGUUUAUUGCAAUAAAUUUUUGGUUAGAAAACAA